AUGCCAAGAACGAACCGCAUGUGGGCAGUUCUGCCUCUCCUGUACACACAAGUUAAUGCUGGACCGGUCGUCACAGGGACUUGUGCCCCAGUCGCCGCCGUAGUAACAAUAUUGAACGGAUUUCCCCAGGCCAGCUCGUUUUGUUCAUCAUGGUUGAGCAUCAAGACGCAAUCUACGACUGUCACGGUUACCUCAGUGCAGACGACGAAAGCCUUUGUUACCUCUACGACAGGGACGAACACCUUUUCGGCAGCGACGGUCACUUCGGUUGGCGAAGUCCAUGUCCUUACAGCGCCCGCCCGGACAACGACUGUCACCGCAGAACCUACGACCAUUACUCUCGACACUGUCAUUGUCAAUGCCGACACAAGUACAAUUUCUCUUACGGCGGAGCCCACUUCAGUUACUGGAGAACUUGUCGUUGAGACCGCUGCCACCAGUGUCACUACGCAGACCGUUGAUGCUUCGACUAUCACCAUUGAUGCUGUCACAGACACGGCCGAUACCGUCACGGUCACCAGCACCGAAUUCGUGACGUCCACAAGUAUAGGCUUUGACCGACGUGAUGCGUCACCGCAGCUUGUUCCAGGACUUCCUGCCGGUCUUGCACUGUUAGCUGGCGUAGCUCGAACCAGGAUAUCAUCUGCUUGUGGCUGUCUUAGGCUACCCACCCCGACAUCGACACUCACAACGACUCAACAGAGUGUGGCAACAACUUAUGAGACCGUCAAUGUUGCUGCUCAAACCACAAUAACCCCUACUUUCGUCGAGACGCCUAUCUCGACGAUGACCCCAGAGGUGACGGAGCAUGAGACGCCGAGGGUCACCAUUACGUCGUUCUCGACAUUUGUUCCUCUGCACACAGAGUACACCACGCCGACAGUCUACAUCACCCCUUCAAGCACCUUCACACCACUCUCGACGGAGCUGGUCACGCCGACCGUAACGGUUAUACCAACUACUACAAUAACACCUUCCACAGUAGUAUACACAACCCAGACAGUACAAGCUAAAGCACUUCCUCCUGCGAAGUGCGAUGGCUCCGGGACACCAUACACAGCACGCGACGGCUCGAAGUAUGUCCUGGAAUGCACAAUGGACGCCCAAGGCAACAAACUACCUGGUGUACCACGCGUUCCGGUCGAGGGCCUUGAAUAUUGCAUCGAUCUCUGUACCAGAGAGGGCACAAAGUGUUUGGCAGCUCGCUGGGAGCCGAGCACCAAACUGUGCGAGUUGAGAUCCGGCUAUGGCUCACGUUUCGCUGCAACCUCGGCCGUACAUUUUGCCAUUCGUCAGACAAAUCCUACGACGGAAGACUCUCCCCAGCCGUUCUUAGUGAACGGAGAUUUUGAGAAUGGAUUGACGCCGUGGAAACACACCCGGCUAGAAAGUUCUUCAGGUUGCUCGCCCAAUCGAGCCUGGAAUGUCGAAGGUGGAAAAGCCUACAUUUCUUACUAUGUAUGUUCGGGCGUGCCAAAUGAUGAAUUGGUCCAGCCUGUCACUUUAGUUGCUGGUACCGCCUGGACCUUCAGUGCUCAGGUCACCUUUGAGGUCUUCGGGUCAGGAGGGAACCCAAAUGGAGGCUGUAGUGUCACCUUCGACAGUUUCGGAGGGAAUUUCGAUGCAAGCUAUGGGUACGGGCGUCGAUUCGAACGAUUAGUCAAUCUCGUUGGAAAUGGUGUCUCCCGGGUCAACGGGACCGCAAACUUCAGGAUCUACAGCGUUUGCUCCAGCUCCCCUGGAAUACGUAUCGGGGUCGACAACGUCAACUUCUCGACGCUCAAAGAUGUUCCUGGGUCCAAUGUAACCGUAAUAUCACCAGUGCAGGUCAUCCAGAACGGCGACUUCAGCAGCGGCGCUCUCACGCCCUGGACUUUCCGCAAAAACGCCAAUACAACCGUCGAUGUAAUGGGAAAUGCGGCUCUGAUCUCAUACCCCGGCGGAUCGACGUCGAAUCUCGAGGCAACCCUCAUGCAGGCCAUUUCUUCUGCUGAGUACGGGCAAACGUACCACUUCACAGCCAAAGUGGUCUUUAGCUUCCCAAGCAAUAAUGUCAACUCCGACCAGAAUCUUUUGAUUGACCAGAGGGGAUCAAUCAUUUCGACGACUCCCAACAGCUUGAAUAUCCGGGCGAGUUGUGGGAGGUCGGCUACUGCUACGCCCCUCGUCUCGAUUGACGACGUCUCACUCACGCUGAACGCUUGA